AUGGACAUGCGUGUAGCGAGCAUCCUCCUCCUUGUGGUGACCCUGACGGCCGCCCAUGGAGAGCGGUACAUGGUGAAGAAGAUGGUGAAGGCCGCCCCUCAGUAUCAGCCCUACUCUGUGAAGAGCCAAGCUGGUGAGCCUGGUCCUGCAGGUGAGCCCGGCCCUGAGGGACCUGCUGGCCCUCCUGGUCCCCCAGGUGAGAGUGCCGAAGGCCUGACUGGACCCGAGGGACCUCCAGGACCUCCUGGAGCUCCCGGCCGCUCCAUUGCUGGAAAACCUGGAUCCCCUGGUGGACCUGGCAAACCUGGCAGCCAUGGACAAAAUGGUGAGAAAGGUGACACUGGAGCUCAUGGCUCUCAGGGACCUAGGGGAGCACCAGGUUCUCCUGGAACCCCCGGCCCUGCUGGACUCUCUGCUUCUGGAAAGCCUGGAUCUUCAGGUCUUCCUGGAUCAAUGGGACCUAGAGGAGAGUCUGGUCUGAAGGGACACCCAGGUAUCCCUGGACUUCCAGGUGCAAAGGGAGAUAGAGGGGUGGGAGCUCCUGGACCACAGGGUGAGACAGGACCUGAAGGAGCUAUGGGCCAAUCAGGUGAACCAGGUGCUGCUGGAGUUGGAAAGCCAGGUAGGACAGGUGCCCCCGGAGAGCCAGGAAAGUCAGGUAGCUCAGGUAGAGAUGGUGCCACUGGUCCCAUGGGACCACAGGGACCUAAGGGACACACUGGUGCCCCAGGUGUAGGUAGUUCAGGUAAACCAGGCGACAAUGGUGCCCCAGGUAUGCCCGGUCCAGUUGGCGCUAAAGGCCAUCAAGGACCUGCUGGUGCCACUGGUGCCCCUGGAGUCCCAGGUUAUGGAAAGCCAGGUGCAAAUGGAGAGAAGGGACAGAGCGGAGCCACAGGUGCCCCUGGUGCCACAGGUUCAAAGGGAGAGCAAGGUCAUACAGGAUAUACUGGUGCCACUGGUGCUACUGGUUCUACUGGUCCUGUUGGACCUCAGGGUGAGAGAGGUUUCUCAGGUGAAUCUGGUGCUGCUGGCUCUAAAGGUGACACAGGUGCAACUGGAGCUCAGGGAUCUAAGGGAAACAAGGGAGAUCAGGGAGUGCAAGGUUUCCAAGGUAAGCAGGGUUACCCAGGUGCUGCUGGUCCUCCUGGACCCAGAGGUGGUAGUGGAGCAACAGGCACCAAAGGUGAUGUAGGUGCCCCAGGUACCCCAGGUUCCCCCGGUAUUCCAGGCCCUGCUGGACCCAAAGGUCAUCCCGGCCGUGCAGGUGAAUCAGGUGCUUCUGGUUCUGAUGGUGCUCCAGGUGCCACAGGCUCUGGUGGUCCUCAAGGUCCUGCUGGUGCUCCCGGUCUUAAGGGACACCCAGGUCUCCCUGGUAACCCUGGCCCUUCUGGGUUGGCUGCUAAGGGUAUCCCCGGACCACAGGGUCCCCCUGGUCUGCCUGGUGCUGAUGGUGUUGAUGGAGAAUCUGGCCCAGCUGGACCUCCUGGUGCCCCAGGUCCCCCUGGUGAGGUUAUGUUUGAGAAGGGCAAAGGCUACGGCGAGGUCAUGGUCAAGUCCCCCAUGUCUGCUUUCACUGCUUCUCUGGCUACCCCUUACCCUGCUGCUGGCAGCCCCAUUAAGUUUGACCAGAUAGUGUACAAUGCUGAGAAUCACUAUGACCCCGAGUCUGGCAUCUUCACUUGCCAGAUUCCCGGAGUUUACUAUUUCUCCUACAGCAUCCAUGUCAAUGGAGCCAAUGCCCUGGUUGCUCUGUACAAGAAUGGCCAGCCUGUUAUGUUCACUUAUGAUGAGUACAGCAAGGGCUUCCUGGACCAGAUGUCCGGCAGUGCCGUCCUCUUGCUCGACGAGCAGGACACAGUUUUCAUCCAGAUCCCCGAUGAUGAGGCCAAUGGUGUCUUUGCGGCCGAAAAUGUCCACUGCUCUUUCUCUGGGUUCCUCAUUGCUUCAACGUGA